CGGUGUUAGACGGAUAUUAUUGUAAAUUUGCUUUAAAUGUGCUUGUAAUAAACUCGUCACUUAUGACCGUUGUUAGGAUGUACAGUGAACCAUUUAUCUGCAGUUUUCACCACUUUUAACGCUCUUUGUUGCAUUUGUGUGAGCAGAUUUCUUAACAAUGGACAGAAUAAGUGUUAGUUAUAAAAGGAGUACAUCAAAUGCUUGUUUAUGAAGGCGAAAGGAUAUGUUUAGAUGUUUAAAUGCAGCUAAAUAUAAGUGGGUAUGUUAAAAAAAAACUAAAAAAUAGACGUCCAACCGAUCGAUGCUACUGAUGUUAACAGCAUGACACAAGAAAAUGCCAACACUACGCAAGACUUAAGUAUCGUUGCACAAGACAUUUCCAAUACCACACAAGCAAUAACCAACACAGCCCAAGACUCAGGCAUAUUUGCACAAAACAUUACCAAUACCACACAAGCAAUAGCCAAUAAAACCCAAGAUUUAAGCAUCAUUGCACAAGACAUUUCCAAUACAACACAAGCAAUAACCAAGACAACUAAAGACUCAGGCAAUUUCGCACAAGAUAUUUCUAAUACCACACAAGCAAUAACCAACACAACCAAAGACUCAGGCAAAAUCGCACAAGAUAUUUCUAAUACCACACAAGCAAUAACCAACACAACCAAAGACUUAGGCAAUAUCGCACAAGAUAUUUCUAAUACCACACAAGCAAUAACCAACACAACCAAAGACUCAGGCAUAUUUGCACAAGGCAUUUUCAAUACCACACAAGCAAUAACCAACACAGCCAAAGACUCAGGCAUAUUUGCACAAGACAUUUCCAAUACUACACAAGCAAUAACAAAGACAAUCAAAGACUCAGGCAAUAUCGCACAAGAUAUUUCUAAUACCACACAAGCAAAAACCAACACAAACAAAGACUCAGGCAAUAUCGCGCAAGACAUUUCCAAUACCACACGUGCAAUUACCAACACAACCAAAGAUUUAAGCAUCAUCACACAAGACGUUUCCAAUACUACACAAGCAAUAACAAAGACAACCGAAGACUCAGGCAAUAUCGCACAAGAUAUUUCUAAUACCACACAAGCAAUAACCAACACAACCAAAGACUCAGGCAAAAUCGCACAAGACAUUUCCAAAACCACACAAGCAAUUACCAACAUAACCCAAGACUCGGGCAUUAUUGCACAAGACGUUUCCAAUACGAAACAAGCAAUAACCAAUGCAACCCAAGUCUUAAGCAUCAUCGCACAAGACGUUUCCAAUACAACACAAGCAAUAACCAACACAGUCCAAAUCUUAAACAUUAUUGCACAAGACAUUUCCAAUACCACACAAGCAAUAACCAAUACAACCAAAGACUCAGGCAAUAUCGCUCAAGACGUUUCCAGCACCACACAAGCAAUAACCAACACAGCCCAAGACUUAAGCAUCAUUGCACAAAACAUAUCCAGUACCACGCAAGACUUAAGGGUCAUUACAAUCGAAAUGGCCAAUACCACACAAACAAUAACCAACACCACAUCAAAUAUUUCAAGUUCAUCUUCAUCCAUAGUUGUUAAUGAUACAACCGUGUCACUCUCUACGACCCUACCAACAUUCAUCACUCCAAAUCACACCGACUCGAUGGUAGCUACGAACAGUACAAUACAAACUAAUAAAACUUUGCCAACAACGUUAACGCCAGCGGAGGAUGUACCUACGACUACCGAUACCAACAACAAAACUACGCCAGCUUCGCAAACACAACAGGCAACAACAACGUUAGGGCUCCCGACAACAAAAGCAACAUCCACUGGAAAAUUCGUGACAAACUCAAAGUCAAGUACUGAAGCGAAUUCAAGAUCGGGAGACUCGGCAUUGGGGCGGUUGGGACUGCCGUUAUUGGCAGCAUCUUUGAUUAUCAUAGUCAUCUUGGUGGUGAUCAUUAUCGUGAUCGCUCGGCGUCGUCGGCAGGACGGACAUGCAAACGGGGAGGACCAGAGUACUCCAAAACUUAAAAUGCUUGAAAUAAAGGACACAGAUAACAUGCGAAAGACGCCUUUGAACGAGGAUUUGCAAACGUACUCCCUUGACUACGAUCGCCACGUGCAAGAAAGGAUUGAAGAGCACAAGCGUCAAACCAAACCACCAGUCGCCUCGAAGCCGGCAGUGGGCGGGACAACGACAUUUAAGAUCACAAAGAAAGCGAGUUUGAGAAGCAACUCUUCUGUGUCUUCUUCGACUUCCAGCAGUCCUCCUAUGUCGCCCCUCUCGCCGGAUGCUCGACAGGUCCUACCGCUCCUGUCCCCUAAGGCCGCGUUAACAGAGGAAGACGAACCGGUGAUCUUUAACUUUGCAAAACGUCCAAGUGACUGUUUGAUCAACAGGCGAGCAAGCAAUUUGGAUUCGGUGGAUAAGGGACAAUACUCCGGAGUAAACAAAUAUCUCGGUGACUCGUAGUUACCGUUCUUGACGGACACAGCGCAAAGUGUGUUGACCCAUGUGUAAUUUAAUGCGAAUAUGGCCCGUCCUAAUUGAGAUUGGUGACAAUUAUUGGGCCCAUACCGCCUACUUUGAGCUACCCCAAUGAGUACAUGUGUAAUGGAACAUGGCUUGCGUUUUCAUUGAUAGGUGAACUUGAUGAAUUGUUUUGAUUUUUGAUGUGAAUUUUGUGUGCUCAUGUGUAUGUGCUGUUCUCGAACGGAACAGAAACCAUUCUAUUUUAUUAUAAAACAGUGUUUAAUCGGUCAAGCGGUUCUAACGAGGUGAAGUCAUUUCAAAUGGCGCUAGAACAAGGCCUUGUACGACAUGUCUGCAGUUAUAAUUAUGGCUGUUCAGCAGAACUUGUAUAUGCUCAAAGUACAACUGAUUGUAUACCUAUGUGGUAUCGAAUGUCGUCCCCAGCUCAUUCGUGAAGAUAUGCUCAUUAACUCUUUAAAUACUUGGCUUAACUAAUAACUCGCUUACAGCAUGUACCUCGAUUUAUGUGGUUUAAUUAACCAAAGAUUUGUAUACGCAUCAUAGAUUGAUAUAAAUAUAAUGAAUUAACUGCGAAUCUAUCAUGGGACCUUAAAGCUGCACUCUCACAGAUUGAACGGUUUGACGACGUGCCAAUUAUUGCGAAAAUCCAUGGAAACCAGUUAUAUACGAAUGCUGACAAAAAUUAGAUCGCAUAUUUUUAUAAUUAAGUUAAAAAAUGAUGUGUUAUGCAUUUUUCUCAGCAGUCUUAAAGCUGCACUCUCACAGAUUUACCGUUGCUUAAACAUUUUAUUUUUUUUUGUCAUUGAAACAUUAAAUUUGAAAUGGAAAUAUGAAAAUCUGCGAUCUGAUCUUUUGUCAGCAGUCUUUCAUCACGUGUAAGCAGAUAUUUACGCAAACAUUUGCUAAUUCCAAGACAAAAAUAAAAAAAAGUUGGAAAAACGAAAAAUCAGUGAGAGGGCAGCUGUAAAACAUUGGUUUGCAGAAAUUUAUGCAAAAAUUUGCUCUUUCCAAGACAAAUAAUGAAAAAGUUGUAAAAAUGGUAUAUCUGUGAGAGUGCAGCUUUAAAUCCACCAAUACACCAGGCAUUUCUAAGGAUAACGAUAUGUAUAAUUAUGAUGAAUUGCGGGCUUUGAAGAUUCGUUUAAAAUUAUGACCAUAAAAUUGUUAAAAGCCUUAUUUACCAUAAAACAUAUCUUUAAAUAACCUUCUGUUUGGUUUGUAUCUUUUUUAACCAUCAUGCAACAUUUGUUAACUAAAUUAAAUUGGAGAUGGAUUCCAUAACCUAUCUUAUCUAAACAAAAAUAGUGUCAGUUUUAUAUAAAGUACAGUCGAACCCCGUUGGCUCGAACUCCCAGGGACCGGCGAAAAUACCUCGAGCCUCGGAAAAUUCGAGCUAAGCGGGAAUGCUUUCUUUCAGUAGAAGAAAUCGGUCCUUAACACCCGGUUCGAGACAACAAGGAAAUCGAGCCAAGCGAGUUCGAGCCAACGGGGUUUGACUAUAUUAGCGAAAAGUAUGUAUUAACGUGAAUUAAUGUUAGCGAAUAUGAUAAUCUGUAACAUUAAAAGUAAAUGUUAAUGUUAGGUGUAAAUGAAAUUUGAUUUGUACUUUAUUUGAAUGUGUUACCUGUUUUUAGAAACUUUACAGUUUAGUUACACCUUUUAUAUUUAAUCUGCAUUUUGAAACACAUGUAUUUAUUUCUUUUCGCAUAAGUGUAUGUUGAGUGUAAAAUAAAAUUGAAACUUUUAA